CAUCUAGACAUGGCUGGUCCUAAACUUCCCAAACUCAAGAAGACAUCAUCCGAUAUGACAUCAACGCAAGUAUUGCGAGAUCUGGAGAUAUCACUAAGGACUAAUAACAUUCACUGGGUGCGAGACUUCUUGAGUGACCAGCUAAAUGGAUUGGACAUAUUAGUGGCCUAUCUAUCUUUGGCCCUCUCUGUUCUCAGGCUGGAAGUUAUGAACAGCAGCGCCAGCAGUGAGCAUGACGGUAGCCUCAUUAACACAUCAACGACGUCAUCCACUGUAAACCCAAGUCGGAGUUCAUUUCUAGGCAAAUCUGCAUCGACCCUAAGCAAAAAAAUGAAGCAGAGUCACUCGAAGUUGGGUCUGGCCGACGCCAUUGACGACAUCCACGUGGGGGUCCAGUGUCUCAGGGCCAUCAUGAAUCACCAGCACGGUUUCAACUUGGUCUUUCAACAUACGCAAGCCAUCAACUGCAUAACGCUGAGUUUGAAUCAUAAAAAUUUAAGAACCAAAACCCUGGUUCUCGAGUUACUAGCCGCAGUGUGCUUGGUCAGUGGCGGUCACGAGAUCAUAUUCAAGGCUUUUGAUAACUUCAAAGAGGUCUGUGGCGAGAGGAGGAGGUUUGAAACACUGAUGAGAAAUUUUCUACACUUUGAAGAGUUUCACAUCGACUUCAUGGUGGCCUGCAUGCAGUUCAUAAACAUAGCAGUGCAUUCGGUGGAAGAAAUGAACUAUCGGGUACAUCUGCAGCACGAGUUUACUCUUCUUGGACUGGACCAGUAUCUUAAUACGUUAUCGAACUCAGAGAGUGACCGCCUGCUGACCCAAGUGAAUGCUUACAUGGACAACAAGAUCGAGGUCCGCUUGCUACUGGAAGACUCAGACACGAAGAACAUGGCGCUCGACCACGCUGCUGAGUUGGAUAGUGAAUUGUCAUUUGUGGACAAGGAGUCUGAAUUAGCCACACUGAAGGAACAAAUAAAACGCAACAGUUUUGCAUCCAGUCUUCCACCGACCCUCCCAACAUCCUCUUCAUCUCCUCUUUCUCCUCUUACUCCUCCCUGCCCACCCACGUCACUCAACAUACCUCCUCCACCGCCGGCACCACCGAUGAUGCCACUAGGAGUCCCUGGAGGGGGGAUGAUGCUACCCCCUCCUCCACCUCCCAUCAUGGGAUUUGGAAAAGUGAAUGCCACAGUGCCCAUCAAGAAAGUCCUCCACCCCCGCCACCGUCUGCCCAUCUUGAAUUGGGUGGCCAUGAAACCGAACCAAGUCAAGGGCACCGUGUUCGCCGAUUUGGAUGACGAGAAGUUGUACCAGACGAUAGACUUCCACAAAUUUGAGGACGUGUUCAGACUGAAUCAGUUCGCCCUGGAUGCCACAGAUGAGGUGGACGGCACUCCAAAAUCCGAACGAAGGUUCAGUAGGAGACCCGAGGCUCCCAGUUUGCUGGAGCCCAACCGAUUGAGGAAUGUCGCCAUAACUAAGAGAAAGAUCGAGAUGUCAAAUGAGAUGGUUGUCUCUGCUAUCCAGAAUCUCAACCUGAAGAUGCUGUCACUGGAACGUGUGGAAGCCUUACUGCGAAUCCUGCCGACGGAGCAAGAGGUCAAGGCCUUCAGGGAGUACGAAGGCGAGAGGAAGUCAGUUGAGGUGUUGGCUGAUGAGGAUAAGUUUCUUAUCGCGUUAACGAGAGUCGAACGACUACAGCAAAGAUUGAAGAUCAUGAGUUACAUUGGAAACUUUUUCGACUCGUAUCAACACCUACAACCAAUCGUAGAUACGAGGUCAACAUCAGACGAGCAUCGUCAGUCACUCACUCACUUCCUCGCCACUACCAUCACCAGCAAGUUUCCUGACCUUCUGAACUUUGACCUUGAGUUUCAGUGCGUGGAAAAAGCGUCUGCGGUCUCCCUGGACAACAUACUGGCAGACGUGAACGAAUUGGAUAAAGGAAUGCAGAUGGUGAACAAGGAGAUGGACGGAUGGAAAGACAGAAGCUCUCCAGUGGUCGCUACCCUCACCGAGUUCACUUCCAGGUCUGCUGACCUACUCAAGAAACUACACGACGACUGCACCACAGCUCAGGAAUCGUACCAAGCGGUUGUAAGUUACUUUGGCGAGACCAGCAGGACAAUGGUGCCGACAGCCUUCUUCUCUCUCUUCGUCAGAUUCACUAAGGCGUAUCGGCAAUCAUUAGUUGAUCUUGAAAAUUGGAAGAAGCAGGAAACAUUGCAGUCUGUUUCCAGUAAGGAAAAGUUGAAGGGAAAGAACCAGCAGCUGGGUGGUGCGGCCGGUGGCGCCAGCGUGGCCAGCGAGAUGAAGAGGAAGUUCAAGCAGGUGAAAGAGAAGAGGGUCAUCAGUAGGGAGGAGGUCUACCACGGGGCUCUGGAGGACAUCCUACUUGACCUGAAGAACGAACCGUACAGACGAGCGGACGGUAUCAGAAGGAACAACCGCGCGAAGCCACCACCAGCGCCACCACAGCCACAGCCACACGCAGCGGCCGCCAACGUCAACAAAACCGUCGUGGAUGGCGUGAAGACAUGACUAGAGU